GGUUAAUGGAUAAUCUGAUUUUGCUAUUUCAUCAUCACUCAAACCCUUUAAUCAGGGUUCUUUAUUAUAAUCAUCAUCACUCAAACCCUUUAAUUCAUUUCAAAAUCCCGCUCCAGUUUCGACUCUUUGAGUUUGAGCUCAUCCCCAAAUCCGAAAACCCUAAAAGAUGAUUACUAGAACACCGGUCGCUCGGAAACGCAGGGCUGAUGACAUCUCAAAUUCUCCUCUCGUAAUCUAUGAAGAUCCUCCUGAGUUACCUCUAUCUUCUUAUGAACCUUCUUCUUCCUCCCCUUCUGAACAGAUGUUAUGUACUUAUCAAUGUCGUCAAAUGGUGAAAUCUGAGUUUUUAGAUAACCUGGGAAGCGCAGAAAAGCAAGUGCGUGAUUAUAAAACUAAAUUGGAGUCAAUGGAUGAGGUUCUUUCUAAGACUGAAGCGGAGAGAAAGAAAUUCAAAGAUCAGUUCUUUUACGUUGAACAAGAACUUGCUGCUGCUAAAGGGAGAGAAAAGGCAUUGCAAGAGCAGUUGAUGAAAGAAGUUACUGAUUCUCAAGAAAGAAUUAAAAAACAAAUACAAUCCUUCAGUGAACUUGAGGUGAAGCACCAGAAAGAAGUCAGUCUUCGCAAGAAUGCUGAGUCAUCAGCAGCUUCAGCUAAAGAUCAAGCAAGCACGCUCGAGGAAAAACUUAGCCGUGUAUCUGAAAGCGUUGAAAGGGAGAACACUCGCCUUCAAAGGGACCUCACGGAGUUGAAAAAUGAGUCCAAGCUUUCUAUUUCUAGAAUAAGUGCAGAUCUUGAAAAAAUGGCUUGCAAAGCUAACAAUGCCGAAAAGGAAUCAGAGCUACUAAAGACACAGCUGGAGGAUCUCCGGGAGCAGCUAAACGAGUGUAUGCAUCAGAAGGGUGAUUUAGAGAAGAAACUCGUAGAUUUCAGUUUUCAAUCUCAAGUGGGUUCUCCCAGGCAGAGUGAUAUUCUGGUGAAGCAUUUGCAAGAAGAGCUUAGGAACUAUCAAACUGAAGUCCAAGAAGCUAGGAAGUUGAAAUCCUCCCAUGAAAACAGUGAAUUACUGAAAGAGAAAUUAUUGGAAGAAAAAGGUCGUAAGGAUCGGGCAGAAGCAGAGCUACUUAAAUUACAAGAGGUCCUGCUUAAUUCAAAAAAGUUGGAGGAUGAGCUCAUGUGGUGGAAGUCAAUAGCCACCGAUAUUCCUGGUAUCUCGUGUGCGGAAGAUGUACUUAUUAAGUUCGCAGCUUUGCAAAAGGAGGUGAUUGUGAACAUGACAAAGGUUGGUGAAGUAAGUGCCAGUUUGAAGCAGAUGGAGGUAGCUUUGGAAGUGGCUGAACUUGGUAAACAACAAACUGAAUCCGAGGCUGCAUUGGCCAAAGAGAAGGCAGAUCAAGCAAUUUCGGAAGUUAAAAGACUUGAAUCAAUGCUCCAUUCGGUUGGUGAGGAGAGAGAUAGGUUAAGAAGUGACGCUCUUGCGUCAAAGAAGCAGAAGCAUGGGGAGGCAGAGACUGAACCUGCGAAUGGAUCUUUCAUUCAGGAGUUGGAGGCAUCGCUUGCUAUAAAAGAAACAUCUAUUAGAGAGUUGGAGAAAAAAUUGUCUGAACAAAAGGAAGUCAGUACUCGUCACAGUGAUGAAAUAGUGGUGCUCAAUGAGAGGCUACAUAAUGAGGCUAGAAGAAUUAAAUCAUUGGAGCGUGAAGGUGAUCGGCUUCGUUCAGAAAUUUCUCUUUUGGAGUCCAAGUUAGGUCAUGGUGAUUAUUCCGCUUCAAGUACAAAGGUUUUGCGGAUGGUGAACACAUUGGGAGUUGAUAAUGAGGCAAAACAUACAAUAGAAGCAUUGCGUACUGAGUUGGAAAAAGCCAAAGAAAAACUACAAGCUGUUGAAGAACUCAAAGGAAAAUCAGAUACUGGAACUUAUAUAGAUUCUAAUAUAUCAGAAAAGCUUGCGCAACUCAAAGCACAAAUAGCAACCCUGGAAAAACGUGAAGAAAGAUACAAGACCGUCUUUGCAGAAAAAAUCUCAGUUUUUAGAAGAGCAUGCUGCUCGCUUUUCGGCUACAAGAUCUUAAUGGAUGAUCAUCAGCGUCCUAAUGGAAUUCCAGUAACAAGGUUUACCCUUCAAUCCAUUUUUGCUCAGGGGGAAGAUGAGAAGCUUGAUUUUGAAUAUGAAUCUGGCAACACAAGCCUUUUGGAAAAUGAAUACACCUCUGACCAUGAGGUUGCCCAGCAGGUUGGGAUAUUUAUAAAGAAGUAUAAUUCAAUUCCUGCAUUCACAGCUAACUUGACUAUAGAAUCCUUCAACAAGCGGACAUAUUGUUGAAACUGAAACAAGCACUUUAUCGUCUUAAGCUAUGCAGUGUGUUCGGUGCACCAGGGUCCAUGAUAACUAUUUUGCCUUGCUUUCUUCUCUUAUGUGAGAUGAAGCUUCGAGUUCUUAAUUUUCUUCUAUCAUUGUCUGUUCUUUAUGUACAGUAAAGUUGUGUUAGCAACAAAGAAGCUGUGGAAGGAAGGAAUUGUAAAAGAACUUUGGAAUUUCAGUUAUUUUUCCCGAUGCUCCACUGGAAUAAGAGAAAAGAAAUGUGCCGAUGAAAGCAAUGGUUUUUUUUUGGAUUAAUAUGCUUCUAUAGAUCUCAGUUUUUCCAGUGCACGGCACCAUUACUUGUCAAAUUCUGACCGGAAACAAAGAAACUGUGGUCCUAUAACAAACUAUGGGUGACUUAUAGUUCCAUCGGUUUUUGUGACAAAUCAUGCAAAAGAUGAGUUACAAUCUUUUGUGGUUCCUUGAUAUUCUGUUUGUAUAAACCACCAUUUGUGGCUUGAAUUGAAGAUACUUUGACAAGAACAUGAUACAUAUAUAUUUAAAAUGUGUCAGCUUUAUUUUCCA